GCGGGCCAGCUCCAGCGGGCCAUCCUGGCGCUCGGCGGCGUCGUGGGCUCGCCUGCAGGGCAGGGCGGUCCGGCGGCGCAGUUGGCGCAAACCCUGGGCACCGUGCAGCAGCUGCUCGCGACCACGGGUGUGCCGCAGCUGGUCCAGCUUCCCGUCGUGCACGGCGACCAGGCGACCUGGCGUCAUGGGCACGGCGGUCUGGUGGUUGUGCGUGGGGUGGUGUUGAGCAAUCGGAUCAAGGGAUCGCACGCUCCAGGCGGCCCGUUCGCCGUGCAAGGCGCGCACGCGGUGAGGCGAAGCCGGGCCGCCCCACGCGGGCUGGGCGAUCUGCCCCCGCGCCAGAGGGCAGCAGGCGAGGCAGCAGCGGACGGAGCAGAGGCGCUGCAGCGCGGCUGCCCAGUCGCUCUCCCGCAGAGGUCGCUUCGGCUACAGCUGCUUGCCGUCGCGGUGCGGCUGGCGGCGCUGGGCGGCAACGCGGGUAGCCCAUGUGAUGUGCUGCAGCUCGUCGGAG